GCGUCUAUCCACCAAUCAGCUUCUUACUUGUGCGCAUUUCGCCUGCCCGGCAUCCACUGUGUCUUAUCCGUGAGUUUGGGGCUUCGCUGUGGCGCUGAACACGAGCUAGAAGUACACUGGAGCAACAAUGGUGAAGAUCUUCAUUGGGAAUCUGUCCCAGCACGCUGGGAAGGAUGAAGUGGAAGCACUGUUCACCCAGUAUGGCACUGUGACCGAGUGUGCCAAGUACAAAAACUAUGCUUUCGUCCACAUGGAGGACCGCAAGUCAGCGACCAAAGCCAUCCGCGAGCUCCAUCUCUACAAGCUGAACGGCAGGCCCAUCAAUGUGGAGCCCAGCAGAGGGAAGAACCAGGGUCCCGUCAAGCUCCACAUCGCCAACGUGGAGAGGGGCUUCGACAAAGAGCUCCGCGAGCUGUUCGAAGAGUACGGCACGGUCACGGAGUGCUCCAUCGUCAAGAACUUUGCCUUCGUGCACAUGAUCAAUUCAGACGAGGCCAUGGAUGCCAUAAAGGGCCUGGAUAACACAGAGUUUCAAGGAAAGCGCAUACACGUUCAGAUAUCAAAAAGCAGACCCAGAGGGGAACCAGAGGAGGAGGAGUUUCCGCUUCCGCCUGGCAGGGGAGGUUAUUUUCCUCCUCAUUACCCAAUGGAGAGGCCCGAGCCUCCCUACAGAGGCCGCAUGCCUGCCUACCCUCCUCCUCCGCCUCUUCCCCCGAGACGAGCACCGUACCCCGACCGUGGUUGUGGCGAUCGAGACGGCUACGGGGUGGUCGAUUACUAUGAGAAAUUCCGAGCCCGCCCUUACGGCAUGACGGGCUACGAUGACAGGCGUUCCAGUGCCAUCCCCCCGCCUCCGCCUCCUCCCUCGGGAGUGGUUAGAGAGCGCCUCGGAAUGGGGAGCCUCGACCCAUACGAGCGCCGUGUGCUCCCGCCGCCUCCUCCUCCUCCUCCGUCCUACAUGAUGAGGGACCGAAGCCCCAUCAGACGAGCCCCCCCUCAGCCUGCUCCAUCGGCCGGUAACGGGUACUCCUACGAGCGGUCCCGGCUCUCUCCGCUGUCCAAGCCGCCAAUGUACGCACCUCCCCAUCCCAGGGAUUCCUUCUCAGACAGAGUGCCACUGCCGCCGCCACCACCUCGGUAUCCAGGCUAUGUUCUGGAUGGUGAACAGCAUGUCCUGGCUAUGGGGUGUGCGGUAGGCAAAGAGGGCAAGCUGUUUGCGGGACACCUUGGCGUCGACCAGGCUGAAGGUGCAGGCCUGGGCGUCACGUCCCAGUCUGAGGGGGUCAUCUGCCGAGUGUCUGCUCCUGUUCCCCAGAGGAAGCAGCCCGUACAGGCCCUUACAAUUCUGCUGAGGGUGAAUCAUACAAAAAAAGCUGACAUGGCAGUUAAUAGUUAUCGUAUAUAUAUAAACUGGUGUUCGUCCUCCUGGGCGGUGGGUGGCGGUGUGUUUGUGAUCUCUAACCCAAAGAAGAGAGGAGAAGCCCGGGCAAAAAAAAACAAAAAAAACGAGCGGAAGUCGGCUCCACAGGAAAGCUCUGGAAAAGGAUUCGAGUCGUUUGAAUUCCUCGCAGAGGCCUCCCGGCAAAAAAAAAAAAAAAACAGAUCUUUAACAAUGGUGAAAAUUUUUGUGGGAAACCUGCCCCGAGAGGCAGACCAGGAUGAAAUCAAGGCCCUCUUCACGCAGUACGGCACGGUCACCGAGUGUGCCAUCAUCAAGAACUACGCCUUCGUCCACAUGGACGACCGCAAGGCCGCCACCAAAGCCAUUAAGAACCUGCACCUCUACAAGCUCCACGGCACUCCCAUCAACGUGGAGGCCAGCCACGGGAAGAACCAGGGCUCAGUCAAACUGCACGUAGCGAAUGUAGAAAAGGGCUCUGAUGACGAGCUCCGUGCUCUCUUCGAGGAGUACGGAACGGUCACAGAGUGCGCUGUCGUUAAGAAUUUUGCUUUUGUACACAUGUCCAACUCCGACGAGGCCAUGGAUGCCAUACAGGGACUGGACAACACAGAGUUCCAAGGGAAGCGCAUCCACGUCCAGAUUUCUAAGAGUCGUCCCAGGCAUGACGAACGGGAAGACUACCCCCCUCCUCCCCCAGACAGAGGUGGCUACUGGCCCCCUCGCUACCCAGGAGAGAGGCACGAGCCUCCCCCACCCAGCUACCUGAGAGGCCGCCUCAGCCAUAUACCCCCAGGUUACCCUGCCCCUCCUCUGCCACCCCCUCCCCCUAGGCGAGCUGUUUAUCCCGAUCGUCCCUAUGAGGGUGAGAGGGACAGGUAUGGUGUGGUAGAUUACUAUGAGAAGUACCGAGCUCGUCCGUAUGGCAUCGCCUCCUACGAGGACCAGCGUCCCGGCGCACCGCCUCCUCCCCCUCCCCCCUCAGCCGUCGUCCGAGACCGUCUUAUGACCUCGUCGCUUGACCCUUAUGAGCGUCGGCCCCUCCCACCUCCUGCGUCCUCGUACUACGCCCGAGAUCGCAGCCCCCUCAGGAGAGCACCUAGCGCGCCAAUGCCCCCCGCCAGUAACGGCUACUCCUACGAGCGCUCCCGACUCUCUCCGGUUUCCCGGGUCCCGGCAUACGGAGUUCCACGUGCCCGGGACCCCUACGCAGAACGGCUGCCUCCGCCACCGCCUGCACGCUACGCUUAUUAAGCAAGGUCCUGGCAUGUGAAGGAUCGUCGUCCGACUGCGUCGCCGCUCGCCGCCGCCUCCUGAUGCACGUGACACUAUCCUCUUCCUGUCUGUGGCUGAGCGCGUUACGUUCUCCUGCGACGCUCACAAGAAGGCGUGAAUUCUCGACGUCCACGUCUGUUUUUGUUUUUAUUAUUUUGGGACAGUUUUUACACUCGCAUUUUUUCCCCCUCAGACUGUUUUAUUUUGUUAUUGUGCUGUAGUAUUUUUAAUGCUUGACGUCUAAAUUAGGCGUUUUUCUUUUUUUUUUUUUAUUUGUACUUUUACGUUUGGAUAAUUAGUGUUCUGAUGUUGUGUGUGACCGUAGAAAGCUGAAUAAUCAGCAACACUCAAGGCGAUACUUGUAACUGUAGAUUUAACUGAACUGGAUCAUGUUUAGUAUUAAAUCUAAUCUGCACGUUGGUUCCAUCAUGUUAAGCUCCUCCAUCGAAAAAAAACAAACAAAUCUCCAUAUGGCGUUGCUGUGAAAAUUUAAAGUGC